AUUAGUCAGGGGCUAAACUGAGCAUCUCCACGAUUAUUUCUUCAUAGAAACGUGAAUAGAUUCCCGAUUUCAGAUAGCCCGCCGGAAAACAAACACAGAGCCGGAAACGAUGUGUGCUCAAGGAGGGGAAGUUCAAGGGCCUAUGUUGAAGCUAACCGUGGAGAGAGGUUCACUCGCCGGUCAAGCCCUGGAUUUCAAGCCGGGGACUACUGUUCGGGUUGGCCGUGUCGUGCGGGGCAACAAUCUCACCAUCAAAGAUUCCGGCAUCUCCUCCAAUCACCUCACCAUCGAAUUCAAUCCCUCCGACGGGAAAUGGAUCAUCCGCGACCUCGGAUCCUCAAACGGAACCUUUCUCAACGCCAACAAAGUCAUAGCAUCCUCCCCCGCCGCCCUCUCCGACUGCGACACCAUCAAAAUCGGAGAGCUCACUACAAUCUACGUCAGAAUCGAAGGUCUCGGUCCCCCAUCCACCAAGCAAAGGAGAAACCCUAGGCAGAAGGCAGCCGCAGAAACAGCACAGCAAGACGACCAGAAUGCCGCUGAGAAUCGGGAGUUAGGGUUUAGGGAUGAAGAGUUGGGGAAGAUGCAGAGGUGCGGUCCUCGUACUCGUGCUAGGGCUAGGGUGAACAGUGACAAGGCUGAACUUCAAGCUGAGAGCAUUGGAUUGGAAACUGCAGCUCCCAGGAGAACAAGGAAUUCAAGAAAGGUAGAGAAUUUCACUAGCUCGACUUCUCAAGUCGAAAGUGCUGUCGUCGAGAAGGCAGUGAGUUUGAGGGAGAUGGAGACUGCUUCACAAAAUGAAGAUGAACUUGGCGGUCAAAGAAGAACCCGAGGAAGAGGACGUGGGAGGGUGACGACGAAAAGGGUCACCACCAGAAGUACAAAAGUGAGUGAUUUACAGGCUGAUAGUAUCGCAUCAGUGCAUUUGGAAGAAGACAAGGACGAAACAAAUCCAGCUAGUGCAAAGAAGAGUGGAGGUGAAGAGAAACUUAAGACUAUUGAGGAGGGCGGUGAGGAGGAAGAGCAGCCUAAAUGUGGGAAAGAAGCUGGCCAUGGUGAAAGCAAGGGUGUCCCUGACAUUGGAGUAAAGUUUGACUUGGAAACCAUGAGUCUAGGAGAUUGGCUUGACUAUUUGGAGUUUCAGUUACCAAAACAAAUAAUGGAUUCUACAGAGGAGAUGAUUUCAGGAAUGAAGGAAAAGGCACGCAAGGCGCAAGACUUGAUAAAUGAGAAGAAGGCCGAGGAAAAGGCACACAAGGCGAAAGAAUAAUGACAAGUUCCAGAUCAAUGAAAAAUGCAUAGCAGUUAGAAGCAAUGAUGAUCAUCGAUGUAGCAAAAGAUACUACUCUCUCCGUCCCGCUAUAUUCGUCCACUUUUGACUUUUGGAACUGUUCAUCUAAGCACUUUGACUCAUCAAAUUCUCUCAAAGUUAGUGCAUCAAUUUCCAACACAAAAUUCUGAGCUGUGGUUACAGAGAAAAUGUCAAACAACUAAAAUUUGUUCUUUUACCCAAAGCAAUUGGAGAGAUUUAGCUAGAUUCCGCUGGUUGAAGGUCAAUGAUAUCCUAUUUUCGGGUCGAGGAAGACAAGGAGGGGUGUCUCAAGGCAAACUAAGAAACCAGGGUCAAACUUCAUUCACUUUCUUUCUCAAUUUUCGUUAACAAUUUGAUAAAAUAAAGUACUAUUGCUCCAUCAUCUCCGAUGGAGCCAAAAUUUCACCAUUUUUUGGCUUUGGGGUGUGAUGGAAUAAAUCAAAAUGGAUCUCUAAACUGUCUGCGCUUCUUUAAUUAAUGAAGUAGCAGUUAGUCAAGCAAUGCAACUUUCGACGUUGAGCCGGGGGUCUCUUUGGAA